AUGUCAGCCGAAUUUCCCAAUAGCUUUUAUAACAAUAAUACAAAUCGAUGGAUGGGUAAUGCUUAUGAACCUGGUCAAAGUCUUAAUUUAACACCACAGGUCGAAAAACCAUGUCCACUUGUUCCACCUGUCAUUGUUCCUUAUAUUUAUGGAUCACCUAUCGGAUGGAAUGCAGUGAUUGUUGGUUUAUUAUCUUGUUUACUUGCUUUGGUUUUUCUUUUGACAUGUCUUUAUUAUAUGGCUUUUCGUCGUCGUUAUAUGAAAGAAGUAUCGGAAUGUCCAUCACCUGUAGCUCUUGUUGAAAAAACAUCAGCAUCAGCAAAUUUGGUUACAAAUACAUCACAAACAGCUACAACAACAUUUAUUAAUGAAACUGGUAAAGAUACAAAAGUUAAUACAUUAAACGAACAAACAAUAGGAACAUCAGGUACUGGCGAAUUUGUUGGUAUGUCAACACUUGUUAAUGGACAUACAUCACCAUCACGUACGAAUGGUCUUUUGGCUAAUGGUAAUGCUGAUCAAUGUGAACUUCGUUUACUUCAACAUGAAGAUCAUUAA